UAUAGAGGAGAUAAGGUGUUCAUAUGUAGGUGUCCAGUAGUAAAACCACCUCUGUGUGCAGGAUAAUGUGACAUGCAGGGGCGGACUGACAACUCAUGGGGCCCCCGGGCAAUAGGGGAUCAUGGGGCCCCUGUGUCCUUGCCCAAACUCAAAAAAGCCUAUGAAAAAGGUACCAGGGACAUCUCAUGGAGCCCCCUACUGACCCUGGGCAGCACCCGUGUUUCCAAAUGGUCAGUCCGCCCCUGCAUAUCAGUGGUGGCAUUUGCCAUGUCACAGGUUCUCUUCCAG